AUGAGUGGUUACGACAGAGCUUUGUCCAUUUUCUCGCCAGAUGGCCACAUUUUCCAAGUCGAGUACGCCCUGGAGGCUGUAAAGAGGGGUACCUGUGCCGUAGGUGUUAAGGGUAAGAAUUGCGUGGUAUUGGGUUGCGAAAGAAGGUCUACUUUGAAGCUACAAGACACCAGGAUCACGCCUUCAAAAGUGUCUAAGAUCGACUCGCAUGUGGUUUUGUCGUUUUCGGGUCUAAAUGCAGACUCCAGAAUCUUAAUCGAGAAGGCCAGAGUGGAGGCCCAGAGUCAUAGACUUACGUUGGAGGAUCCAGUGACGGUGGAGUACUUAACACGUUACGUGGCCGGUGUGCAGCAGAGAUACACGCAGUCCGGUGGUGUCAGACCAUUCGGUGUGUCCACGCUAAUCGCCGGUUUCGACUCAAGAGAUGAUGAGCCCAAGCUCUACCAGACCGAACCAAGUGGUAUAUACUCCUCGUGGUCUGCGCAGACUAUCGGCAGAAACUCCAAGACGGUACGUGAGUUCUUGGAGAAGAACUACGACCGCAAAGAGCCACCAGCCACCGUGGAAGAGUGUGUCAAGCUUACCGUAAGAUCUCUUUUGGAAGUCGUCCAGACAGGUGCCAAGAACAUCGAAAUCACCGUCGUCAGACCAGACUCAGAAAUCGUUGCCUURAACAGCGACGAAAUCAACGAGUACGUCACCCAGAUCGAGCAAGAAAAGCAAGAACAACAAGAGCAGGAUAAAAAGAAGAAAUCCAGCCAUUGA